CAUUGUAACAUAUCUCAGCAAAAUUUCCACCCUCUAGUUUCCAAGUAAACAAACACUAAUGGCGCUGGAAGUCUGGAGUGCAGUACUGAUAUUCAUUCUGGUAACUGCAGCAAUUGAAGCAUUCUACAUCUCUAUAUUUCUAUUUCGAUACAAAACAACCGGAAAAAGGAAUUCCAAAAAGAGAGAAUCGAUACUAUUCGGAAGCACACGCCAAGGAAAUUCUAGUGACUUUCGAAUGAUAACUCUGCCCUCAACUUCACAAGAGUUUUGCAAUAUUGCUGAGAUAUUUCAUGAGACAAUGCCAAUGUCGCAGUAUGCAAUUGUAAGCGUCGACAAAAUUUGGAACAGGCUUUUGAUGGAGAAGUAUGAACAGUGUGCUGCAAGAACACAAGAAUACAGUGGGAGGAAGAUGGAGGAGCUGCUAUUUCAUGGAACCCGUAAAAAUGAUCCGAGCGAAAUAUAUGGAGGAGACUCAGGAUUUGACAUGAGAAUGAGUCAAGUAGGAAUGUGGGGAAAGGGCAACUAUUUUGCAGUAAAUGCUUCUUAUUCAGACAAGUAUGCCCAUAGAAAGGGGGAAUCCCGUCAAAUUCUGGUAGCUAUGGUUGCUGUUGGAACAUCUCAAUACUUAAAGCCUGAUAGCAGCCUUCGUCAACCUCCAUUUCGGACUUCAAGGCAGAGAGGACUUAAGAUUCGCUAUGAUAGUGUGUGGGGUGAAGCAAAUGGAUCUGUUGUCUACAUUACAUAUGAUAAUGAAAGGGCGUAUCCUUUGUACCUUAUUACGUACAAGUAUAAUUAGCAAUCUUUUAUAUACAUGCAUUAGAUGAACAUAUAAACUCAUGAUCUUUAUUUUGAUUUUUGAAUGUUACCAUGGAUGAAUAUUGAUGAUGAUAUACAACAUAAUUAAUUUUUUGUAGCAUAGGUAAAAUUAAUUUUAAUCUAAUGUAGGCGUGGCUAAACGAACGCUGGAGUAAUGCGUAAACGCUGUCCUUUUAGAUAGAGAAGAAACAGAAUCUGAAAGCACCAAAAUGGCAUCAGGCUUUUAUUUUUAUGUUGCUGUAUUUUUUGCUGUGACAGCAGGAAUAGAAGCUAUCUACGUCUGCAUAUUCGUAUGGAGAUACAUGACUACGGGUAGGAGAAAUGGUUAUAGAAAUAGAGCCAGAAAGAGAAACAACGUUUCACCAGCUAACAGAGGGAGGACAAAUGGAGACGCUGAGAACGCGUAUAUCCAUGAGGGCAGUAAUGAAAACAGGUUGAGCAUCAGACUUCAGUACCCUUCAUUUUGGGACGACCAUCGACCAGCUGACGGAAGUUUCAAGAUAGUGCCCCUUGGCAGUCAAUCACCAGAGUACCAAGAAAUAUCGUCGGAGUUCAAAAGGACCCUCCCUGAUGCAACGGUUGACCGAAUCGAGCGGGUCCAGAAUAAAAUCCUCUGGUCAAAAUAUAUGGACUGUGCAAGGAGAUGCAUUGAAAAUAAUAAAGAUGAUGGGCUUGGAGAAAUGCUUCUCUUUUACGGUACAAAGCAAAGCAAUCCUCGCGGCAUUUACGAGGAAGAAAUCGGAUUUAACAUAAUGAAAUUCAGUCAGCCUGGCCCUUGGGGAAGGGGCCUUUAUUUCGCUGUCAAUGCAUCCUAUUCGAAUGAGUACGCAUUUGUUAAUGGAACAACACGUCAACUGUUAGCUGUCAAUGUUUUGACUGGUCGCUCCUACUAUUCAAGGCCUAAUGAGAGCCUAGAGCAGCCGCCGCUUUGUCCAGAGGAGGGCGGCAUCCAGCGGCGCUAUGACUGUGUGUGUGGUGAUACUCGAGAUUCAAGGCUUUACAUAAUGUAUGAAAACAAAGGAGCGUACCCUAUGUACGUUAUAACUUAUACAAAAAAAUAAAUUUCCCUCCCUCCCAAUUGUAAUUGCAUUGUGUAUAAUACCUGUACCGCUUGUUUUCAACAGA